AUGACGCAUCCGAACUUUCAAACUAACGGAGCUAGUUUAGAAGACUGCCACACUAAUUUCUUUGCCUUGACUGAACUAUCCGGCAUCAAAUGGCGUAAGCUGGUAUGGAGCGAGGCGGACAGGAACGGAGGCACAGGCGGCGGAGGCGGGGUCGGCCACCACGGACCCGGUGGCGGCGGCGGCGGCGGUUGCGGCACCGAACCGCUGGAGGAUCCGGUGUUGAGGAGCUACGCUCGCUGCUUGGCCGCCGACAUACUGUGCGUGUGGCGUCGCGUCUCGACGCCCCGCGCCACCGACAUGUUCGAUUUGGGACCGCCGCCGCCCGCCCAACCGCCGCCGCUCAGCCUCGCCGCCUCCAAGGAGCUGUGGAUCUUUUGGUACGGCGAGGAGCCCGAUCUCAACGAUUUGGUCGCGCCAGAAUUAAACACGUCCGAUUGCGAACAAGGCUCCUGGGAAUCCGGCCUGUCGUACGAAUGCCGCUCGUUGCUGUUCAAAGCCCUACACAACCUGAUCGAACGGUGUCUGUUGUCGCGCAACUUCAUCCGGCUGGGCAAAUGGUUCGUCCAGCCGUGUUCGGCGCCGGCGAAACGUCCGUCCGGCCAUUCGGGCCUCUUGGGCGGCGGGCACGUCAACGAAACGUCCUUCGGCAGCGCCCACCUCAGCUUCUCGUUCGCCUUCUUCGUGCACGGCGAGAGCAGCGUCUGCGCUUCGGUCGACGUGCGCCAACAUCCGCCCGUCAGAAAGCUGACCAGGUGGCACGUGCAACAGGCCCAGGCCUCCUCCACCGGCCUCAAAGUUAUCCUGGCUCCGUUCGGUCUAUCGGGAACGCUGACCGGCCACAGCUUCAAAUCGCCCGAGGCGACGGCUCGACUGUUGGACGAUUGGAGCCAAUUCUAUCCGUUGGAUAAGACCAACACGUUGACGGAUAGCAGCGUGGUGGAGGUGAUCGUUGGCGGCGUGAAGAUGAGGUAUCCCUCCUGUUACGUGCUGGUUACCGAUAUGGACGAGGAGGCGAAUUCGGCCGUACUGAACGGGUUGGUGUCGUCGAACGCGACCGACGAACGGUGUAGCGAGAAAAGGGGCGGCAGUCCGGUGGCGAUGGUGCAAACGCCGCCGCCGAGUCCCGUUAGAAUUGGGAGUCGGGUGCCGCAACCCGGACCGUUUACGGUUUCCGUAGAACAUUUCAGUUCAAUGUCUAGAGAACCUACUGCAGGUACAGUGUUGCCGGAAAGGACAUGGCAAGAAUGCAUUUUAGGUAAUAAUCAAGGUAGCGGACAGCAGCAGGAUAAAGAAUUUAGCGGAAAUUGGGAUUUUGUGGAACCUACUCGGAAAAUCAAUUGUACCUGUUCAAAGUGUAGAAAGUCGCUAGGACCGCCUAGUGGUUCAAGUAAAUGGACGACUGGCAGUGGGACAUCUCCCCGGUCCAGUGGAAAGGCGUACAGGGUGCGAGUGCCCUUUCACAGGCGCUCGCCCCUUCUGCUGCCCUCUGAAAGAUGCUCGAGCGGCUCUUACACGCCCCAAGGUGGUCCGCCGUCCUAUCCACGAACGCAGGAAUCGACGGCGAUACCGUCCGUCGGGACGCCGCCCUCGGUGGCGCCGUCGCCGCUGCCGAAUCCCCAUUCGCAACCGGCGUCCGUUCCUCCGGGAGACCAAGCGAUGCCGACGCUGUCGCCGCAUCCGCCCGCCGAUAAUCCCUCGCCGCCGGAGAAAACCCACACGCCCGAUCAGCAUCAUAAGAGCGUCGAAAGUCCCGGGAACAGUCCCAACGCGUCCGGAUUGGCCGGCGAUAGCAAAAGCGAAACGACCACUAGCAUAUCCAGUUUUCCCGUUUUAAGAAAACCUACUUUGACCAGCAAAGAAUACGAGGUGGCUCUGGGCGAGGAGGAGCAACACCUCGAAAUGCUUUACGAUUAUUCGACGAUGAACGCGUGGUUGAAUCAUCCGGUGAAGAAAUUCAAGCCGGACGGUAAGGAGAACCAGAGAUUAAAUAGGAUAGGAAAGACGGACAUUUACGCGAUGUACGAUAAAAAUUACAAUGUUAACCAGACGAACGAGGUUGUGAUUAACAAUAAUAAUAAUAACAACAAUAAGAACCAACAGAUCGUUAUUAAGCAGGAGAUCAAACAGGAGUCUGGACAAAGCAUGGAAGGCGAUCCUCCGACGACAAACUCUCAUCCCCACGGAGUAAAAAGACCCGGGGACCCGUAUGAAUUCGAAGAGGACGGCGGCGGCGCGAAUUGCAACUUGGACAGUUUCAAAAGGGGCCAAGUCGUAGUUAAGGAGGAAAACAAAGAAGUGAAGAAAAUCACGACGGAUAAUUUAUUUACCAGUGAAGGUUUGCAACCUUCGUAUAAAGAUCUCGAUCAGAUAUUCGACAAUUCUGAUGACGACGACGGUAUGCAGGUUCAAACUCCGCCCGGCUCGACGGCUAUCAAUCAUCACGAAGAUUCCAAAAGGUUUUCGGGACACGGUUGUCCGAAUAUGGGUAUUUUAGGACAAGCGGAAUUGAGUAAAAUGUUUCCGACGCCCCCUAGCUUGGAACACAAUCCCAUAGCAUCGCCUUGCGGACAAAUGGACAUACCGCCUCCCGAAUUCACCUCCGAUCUCACUAUAGUACGAGUAAAACAAGAAAUUUACCCCAACAUGGGCAGCCCUCAGGAAGAAAAUAUCGAGGAUUGGAGUUUCGUAUUCAAACCUCCUUCGAUUUGCAAAAUGGUCGGUAGCAGCAAAUACGCCCCACUAACGAAUUUACCAAGUCAAAAUCUACCGGCCGUUACCCUACCGUCGAAUUUCACCUACAAACCGUCGUGGAUGCAACACGUCGAGAAACAACAACAAUCUUCCACGCAACAACAAAACACCAAUAAUAAUAACAACACCACUAGCAAUAGUCACAUAAACAAUGCUUCCAAUAACAACCAAAACGCUCCUGCCAGCGCCGUACCCGGCAGUAAUGUUCAUCAGAACACCAGCCUGUUCCCUCCUAGUCCGAUGCACAGCGCCGGCGGCGGUCCGGGCGGCGCUUUUCGGCCGCCACCGCCGCCCUACGAAAUCGCUAGUCCGGCGACAUCGACGCCCGGUUCGUAUCUCAACAAGAAUCUCAAUUCGGUGGAGGCGAUACCGACGCCGACGCCCGGCAUCGCCCAAAGGACGCCCGAAGCUUCCAGCCUUGUGCUCAACAUCCUGCUCACCGAUACGGCUUUCAACAUAUUCCGCGAUCACAAUUUCGACAGUUGUACGUUGUGCGUCUGCAACGCCGCCGGGAAGGUUGUUGGUAAUAUCAGAGGUGCAGACGCGGGAAUCUAUUUAUUAAAUACUCCAAGUGAUAAACAGCAUGCCAGCGCACAGCCUAAUAGUCCCUAUACAGGGGGUAAUAUGGGACAACCGCCACCUUACAGUAACAUAAUGAACGAUGAUCAUCAUAACGAUGAGGAUUCGAUCAGAUGUAGUUGUGGAUUCUCCGCGGUGGUCAAUAGAAGAUUGGCUCACGGUAGUGGGCUGUUUUACGAAGACGAAGUAGAAAUAACAGGUAUCGCUGAAGAUCCGGGAGAGAAGAAAAAGUCAUCGUUGUUGUCGUUCCUUGUUGCUACGAAUACCAUUAAACCGGACCCGGGCAUCGAUAGAGAACAAGUCGACAUAUUACCGCAUAGCCUUAUAGAACUCGUUAGGGAGCAACUGGUCAUUAUACCAAAUACUACAAAUUCGUUGUGUAGAGUUGGCGGUUACGUGCGAACCAAAGUCAAUGUACAACACAAAUCGAACAUCCACGUAUUAGAAUAUUCCGAUAGUCAUGAAGUAACUUGCAUCGCACUGGAACAAAGCAAAAGUUUCUUAGAAAAUUUGGGAUUGUGCAAAAUAGAGGAAAUCAAACAUUCUAAAAAUUCUCAAAAAGUAACGGUACAUCGUUGGCCGUUUCUCCGAGCGACAGGUCCGCAAUGUAACCAAGACAUAGUUCGAGUGAUGAGAAACCUUCAACCGCUGCUGCAAGAGGCUAUACAAAAGAAAUGCCAGACGAGAUUGUGGGAAGCUCCGUCGGCGGUUAAGGGACCGUUGACGUGGCGGCAAUUCCACCGGCUAGCCGGCCGAGGUACGGACGACAGAUGCGAACCUCAACCCAUACCAUCGGUAAUCGUCGGACACGACAAAGAUUGGCUAUCCCUAUCGCCGUACGCCCUGCAACAUUGGGAAACUCUACUUUUAGAACCGUACUCGUACGCUAGAGAUAUCGCUUACGUCGUCGUAGCGCCUGAUAACGACGCGAUUUUACCCAGAGUGAGGACCUUUUUCAAAGAAUUAUCGACGGCUUACGAAAGCUGCAAACUGGGAAGGCACAGCCCCAUCACCAAAGUACUUAGGGACGGUAUAUUGAGAGUCGGGAAAACGGCCAAGACGAAAAUCGGAAACGAACCCAUCGAGGAAUGGUUUACGCUUUUAGGAGAAGGAGAAACAACUGAUAUGUUGAAGUUAUAUGCGCAGGUUUGCAAACAUCAUUUAGCGCCGCAUUUGCAGCAAGUUCCCAUGGAUAAAACUCUAUUAGACCCACCGCAAGAGGCUACUACCACCGACCAACCAACGCCUAGUCCUAUGCCCCCUCCGAGUACUCCAGAAAACGCUAGCAGUCAACCAUCAUCUUCCUCCAAUUCCGAUAAAGCACCGACGCCUAAAAGCGAUCAAGAUGGAGAUGGUUUGAAGGAUUCAUCACCGAUUAGUAGCGUAACGGAUACCGUACAGCACGAUGAGGACGAUCAAGAAGUACCAUCUGUUGUCGUUUAUCUAGUCGAACCAUUUUCUCUGGGCUCGGACCAACCGGAGCUUCAACGAUUAGCCUGCUUGGCACUUUUGAGAUGUUACCAGUCAAUUUUAACCGCCGUUCCGGAAAAUAUACGAAACAACAUCAGCGUUCAGAUUAUUUCUUUGGAAAGUAUCGUGGAGUUGAACAAAGCGCGGAACAGAAACAGACACAGCGAUCACAUGAGGGCAUUGGCUUUAAACAUUUUCUCGCAAUGCAGGCGACUGCUCGUGCAUACGAAUAACGUGAAAUCUCUGACGGGAUUCGGCACUGCCGCCAUGGCAGACCAUUUCUUAAAGAAUAAAGACGAGAAGAACCGUGCUCCUUACAAGGUAUACACUCCCCCGUACAUUCUGGCUCCGAUGAGAGGCAAACAAGAACCUGCAGACGCCUUUUCCAAAGGCACACAAGAACAAUCAUCCGUCCUAUAUCUAAGCUAUUGUCUAUCCGAAGACCAAAGUUGGUUGUUGGCCGUUGCCACCGAUGAAAAGGGAGAAAUUUUCGAAACCAUCACCAUCAAUGUCGACAUACCGAAUCGAAGUCGAAGGAAAAAAGCGUCGGCAAGAAGAACGGGUUUGGAAAAAUUGAUGAGUUUUAUACUGGGAGUGAUGUCGCAAAAUGUGAGGCCUUGGAGAUUGGUCGUCGGGAGAUUAGGAAGAAUAGGUCACGGCGAAUUGAAAGGUUGGAGUUGGUUAUUGAGCCGCAAAAAUCUUCUAAAAGCUUCCAAACACCUCAAAGAGAUAUGCAACCAAUGCUCCAUGAUGUAUCCGAAUUUCGUACCGUGCAUUUUGAGCGCCUGUUUGGUCAGCUUGGAGCCCGAUUCCGUAUUGAGGCUCAUGCCCGAUCAAUUUACGCCCGACGAAAGAUUUAGUCAGGUAUCCGUCAACUCUCAGCUCUCUACUCCGCAAGACGUCAGCUGCACGCACAUACUGGUCUUUCCCACCAGCGCCACCACGCAAUCCUCUCAAACGGCUUUUCAGGAACAACAUAUCACCGCCGAUUUGGGCGACGACGAGCUCUUCAGCCCCUUCGACGACAUGCCCGAAGGCAUGGACGGCGAAUUCAACGACAUUUUCAAUUGGACGGAAAUAGCGGGAAACGGCGGCGGACAGAGUCCCACGGGUAGUCCGAGAAGGGAAGAAUCCGGUACGGGAAGUCCGACGGGCGGCGCUAAUAUAGGUAGAGAUGGUACUCCAAUGAUGGGCGGCAUGAAUUCGAAAGGUAUCGAGCCGAGCGAAGAAGUGGGUGUGGUGCUUCAACAACCUUUGGCGUUGGGUUUCUUCGUUUCGACGGCGCCGACGGGAAAGAUGCCCCGUUGGUUUUGGGCGUCGUGUCCGCACUUGGAGGGCGUAUGUCCGGCUUUUCUCAAAAACGCCCUGCACUUACACAGUCCCAACGUCCAGCAAAGUUCGGACGAUUUGUUUCAACAGUCCUCGGCGGUGACGUCGCAUCCGCUCGACUCGCAAUACACUACGGACGUCUUGAGAUACGUAUUGGAAGGUUACAAUGCCCUGUCCUGGCUGGCGCUAGAUUCGAACACGAAAGAUCGUUUGUCUUGCUUACCGGUACACAUGCAGGUACUAGUACAAUUGUACAACACCGCGGCUGCGCUCCUGUAA